GUGACAGUAACGGUUGCCGUAACAUCGUCGCGUAGUAUUUUGCUAUAAUUUGACUCAAUUUGCUUAACGUCAAUCGACGGAUAACAAUGGCUCACCUUAAAACGCCGAAAAUGCAGAAGUUCCAAAAUAAGACUAAGACUCAAAGUGAGCUCAGCACCCCUCUAAAGAUACCGGCGUCGCCGUUCCUGCACAAAAUAGGUUAUGGCACUGGUGUCCAUGUGUUCACUCUGGAAAGAUCACCCAAAGUCGGUUUUACCAGAUCACCAUGGGCUAUAAAAAAGGUAAGCGGCUUAGGCAAGAGGAAUCCACACUACAGUAAGCGAAUCCAAAUCGAAGCUGACAUACUGCGAAACCUAAAUCACCCAAAUGUCGUCGGCUACCGAGGUUUUGUCACGGAUGUUGACGGCAUGCCGUGCCUUGCAAUGGAACAGCUACACUUGUCACUAGGCGACAUGAUCGAGGACAUGGUGAAUGAUGGUAUCGCUGAGCCGUUUCCAGCUGCAAAUAUACUUGGCAUCAGUUUUGAGGUCGCGAAGGGCUUGGAGUACCUUCAUCAUGAAGCUCACAUUCUGCACGGCGAUGUUAAAAGCUUUAACAUCUUGAUAUCCAAAGAUCGAGCCAAAGCCAAACUUUGUGACUUCGGAGUCUCCGUCCCUCUGACAGAUUCCUUAGAAAUGGACGUAUCGAAGGCUCAAUAUGACUACAUUGGUACCGAGUGCUGGUCAGCACCAGAAAUACUGCAAGAUGCACGUAUAGUUACCAACAAAGCAGACAUGUGGGCUUUUGGUAUAGUCGUGUGGGAGAUGAUAUCUUUAUCUCUGCCUCAUGUCGAGUCUGAAGAAGAUUCAUUGGAUGGUAGCUACUUGGAAAAUCCAGAGACAGAGCCAAUGGACGUUCCUAGGUCUGAUAGCAUCGGAUUUCGCGAAACUGCUUCACGAAAAUAUGGUACGAGGCCUGCACUACCAGCGAUUGACCUGGGACUAGAGUACCAAAGAGUUCUCAAGCUAUUUCAUGCUUGCACUGAUUCGGACUACAAGUCUCGCCCUAGUGCCAAAGGAGUGGUGAAGUUUUUUAAUAACUACGUUCGUAUCAAAGCAGAGGACUAUUACUUCUGGUAGAGGGGAGUUUUUUAUUUACAAAUCCAGUGCUUUAGUACGAAUUCUUUUUAUUGACCAGAUCUGAAACUAAGGGUGCGAAAUAACGAGACGAAUGCUGUUCUUUUGAUACAUCGUAAUUCAACGGUUUGAAUAAUCAUUCAACUUCAUUAAUUACAUAAUAUUUGCUUUUGUUACUUUGACCGUGAACGGCACUUAAAGUCAAACAAAGUACUAAAUUUAACGACAAUUAACCAAUGGUUAUAACGAAAUUCACGAUUGAAGCGUAAUUGCAGCAGAUGAUUAGGCCAAAAUAUCGAAGCUUAUCACAACUGAUCCACAACUCUCUUAAUUAAAUUUGCUGGUCCAUGUUUUUUACCAACAUUAGAAGAAAAUGGCUAUAAGUAUUAGUACGAGUACAAUAAGACUUAUAACUAUUAGGAUCUUGAUUUUCCUCUGCAAGAAUACGAAAAAGACGUGUCAGUUAUUUAUCAAGUUCUAUAGUCUUAACUGUACGUAUAUGUAUUAUUGAAUAGUGUUAUUUCGAUUAUCAGUAUAUUUUAUGAUACCUUUUUGUACUUGUGACCUUUUUUUUCCGCCUUGCUCAGAUCAAAACGGCCAUUAUCAACGUUGUCUGUCGCUAUUCCGGCGAAGUAUUCAACACAGUUUAAUCUUUCGCUCUGCAAAUAAUAAUGUACGUAGCGAAAUUUUAUUUUUAUAUUUUACAGACAGCAAAGUUAAUACUGACUUGUUUUUCGACUAGAAAUGCCAUCUCUACGAACAUAUCCCGAACUUCAACAAUUGAUUUUUCAAUUUUAAGAAACUCUUCGUGCCUCGUCUGUAGAUCCGACAACUGCUGCCGCACGGCACUUGUGUCCUGUAAAAUCUGUUGAGGAAAGUGAAUAUUUAGUGAUAAAAUAACGUUUUACCCGCUAUUUGGACUCAAAA